CUCAACAAUAUGCAUUUGUAAUAAUAUCAGUUUUGGUAUUGUGUAACAGACUAAUACAGCUAGGCGUGGUGCAGUACUUUGGUCAAUCUCAAUGGUUUUGUUUGGCUUCUUCGUCGCCUUCGCCCUCCUGCCAGAGCAUGUAGUGCCGUACCUCAUCGACGGAACACCCGGGUUCCCCAUGGUCACCAUACCAGACACUCUGGAAGAGCCAUGGACAGACAUGACCGUCAUCAAGACUCACUACGACUGUCGCGGAUACCCCAUGUGGAGGGAGGUCUCUAGAAUAAAGGAGAGAACUGGGCAGAAUGUAAAGGUGGUGAGGACUUCCAAGGAAACCUUCGAUGCCAAACAUGGUGGCAGCACUGCUACUGUAAAGCCGGUGGUUUUCUUCAAGUCGAAGAAAAGCAGACUUCUCAUCGCCAGUCCCCGAAUGUUGGCCACAACUCCCAGUUCAGCUUCCUCAGUGACGUCUUCACCUCCAGGCGAGGCCCAGGAGGAGGUGGGGCCCCAGGAGCUACCCCAAGGCAGGCCCCUGCUAGAGGUGGGGCCCGAUCGUGUGAUAGACACCCCUAUCAUCAGCUGUCCAGAAGGCUACAGCGAGGACUACAAUGGAAAGUGUCGUCCCGUGUUCCCGGACUCUUACUAGAAUACAACGCUGGCUACCUCGUCCAACAACAUAGCCAUUCAGAGCUACUGAGAGGAGAGAUUUAGUACGAAGGGCUAAUUACUGCAACUUAUUACUUCAUAUAACUAGCUAUGGUUUAUUGUAUAGGAACAUUGAUUUGACAAAUAAAUAGUGUGACAAACUUA